AUGUCUGUUUCGUCAGCCACUGCAGGAGCUAUUUCUCUCAAAGGUUCUGCCGAUAUAUUGGUGGACUAUUUUUUUUACGCAAUCAACAGUAUCCUCUAUCAGCGUGGCAUUUAUCCGGAGGCGUCGUUCAAAAAGAAUACAAAAUACGAAUUGAGCAUCCUGGUUUCCGCGGAUGAGGCGCUCAAUAAGUACUUGACGGCAGUGCUUGAGCAGCUGCGAUCUUGGUUACUGAUGGGUGUUGUUCAACGACUUGUGUUGGUGAUAAAAUGUGUGAAAACUGAGGAGGUUUUGGAGCGCUGGCAGUUCAACGUAAUCAUGGAGGAUCGAAAUGAAUCGAAAAGCCCGGAGAAGAAGUCCCUCGCUUCCAUUCAGGCAGAGAUUUGCCAUGUGAUACGCCAGAUUGUGGCGUCAAAUACAUUUUUGCCAGUGCUGGACACUUCCUGCACUUUCGAACUGCUUAUUUAUACGGACAAGAACGCCCAGAUCCCAGACGACUGGGAUACAACCGGUCCACAGUUUGUGGCCAACUCUGCCGAAAUCAAGUUGCGCUCUUUCUCAACCACCGUUCACCGAGUUGAUCAUUUAGUAUCAUACAAACUGACCUGCUGAUUCGGCCAACGUUUUGUUAACAUCCGAG